AAUUUUAUGUUUACAAAAUAUAAAUUAUGUUUGACAAAAAGAUGUUGAAUGCUUUUCCUCAAAUAUCCCACACAAAUUUAAUCAAUAUACUGAAACAUAUGCCCGGACCCAAAGACUUAGUUGUAGAACAUAGACUAUUUAAGCCCCUUGAAAUGUUCAUCGAUAUGAAAAGCUUAAGGCUUUAUGGGGUCGAAAAAGUGUUUAAGCUGCAAGAAUCAAUCAACCCAAUUACUGAUCGACAGUGCGUUUUUUUGGUGUCAUCUAAUCUAACAGCAACAAAAAUUAUUUGCGAUCUCAUUAACUCGUGUCUAAGUAGAAUAAGCUUAGCUGAAGAUAUUAUUAAAAUCAUUAUUGUUCCCAGGUCAUUGAUUACUAUUGAAAAACAGUUUGAAGAGGAAGGUGUCUACGGAUACAUUCAAAUAUUUGAAUUCCAAUGGGAUUUCAUUCAUUUAGGAGAUUCCUUACUUUCAUUGGAGAUGAUAGAUUUCUACAAAAAUGUUUUUGUUGAAGAAAACCAGUCGUUGUUAUUGCCUGUUGCUAAAGCCCUGUGGACAGCUUUUAUGGUUUUGGGAUUUCCUAAGACAGUGUGUGUAAAUGGAAAGUUAUCUACAGCUGUUUAUAAAUUAUUGAAUAGAUGUUUUACAAAAAAAGGAAAGCCUAGUAAUAAAAGUGAAUCAUGUUUUUGUAUUUUGGAUAGGGAUUUUGAUUAUGCAAGCGUGCUGUUAACUCCUUGUACAUAUGCAAGUCUUUUAGAUCAGGUAGUUGGUAUACAAAAUGGUAUAGUAGAGAUAAAAAAAAAUGAUGGAACUACAUCUAUAAAAAACUUGUGUAACCCAGAUGAAACUUACGAAUAUGUCAAAUACAAGCAAUUUGGUGAUGUGUUAAAUUACUGGAAAUCAAAAUCCAAAGAAUUGCAAGACAAACUGGAAAAAAGCAAAAAACUGCAGCUAGAUGAAAUGAAACAGUAUGUCACUCAAGAGUUACAGAGUGUCUUAAUGUCAAAGAAAAACCUUACGUUCCAUAUUGAUGCGUCUGAAGUUGUAUCAAAAGUAAUAGGUGAUAAAUUUAUUGAUUAUAUUACACUGGAAAAAAAUAUGUUAGAAAAUAGAAGUCGCAAAGAAAACUUAAACUGUAUAGAAGAUUUGUUGGCCUUUGGAAAGGGUAGUGCCAACGAUAUAUUACAGCUCAUAUGUUUAUUCUCACRAUCUCAGGAUGGAUUUACUUCGAUAGAAUUAAAUAAUAUAAAAACAAAAUUUUUACACCAAUAUGGUUUCAAGUAUUUUGAGACAUUCCAUGUUUUAGAGAAAAUGAAUUUAAUAGUAAAACAUGAUAAUAGCUCAGUUUUAAACAGUAAUUUAAAUAAAAUUAUAUCCAUUAAUAAAACCAAGCAAAUGAUGCAAAACAUGAUACAAAAAUUAAGACUUGUAGAUGAUAGCGAUCAUUGCAUGAGUGCAGCAUUUGGUGGAUCAUAUGUCCCCGCUAUUGGUAAACUAAUAGAGAUUAUGUGUAAGGAAGAAAUGCCUGAAGAAGAAAUUGUUAAAUUAUUAUCCAACUAUUCAUUUCAAGUCAAUGACUUUAAGACUGGAAUAAAAACUGUAUAUGUUAUGGUAAUUGGAGGUAUAACAUAUGCUGAACAAGCAGCACUUCAUUUUUUAGAAAAAUCGAUGAAUAUAAAAAUCAUUAUUUUCAGCACAAAUAUAAUCAAUGGAAAUAUUUUAAUAAACUCUUGUUUAUAG